AUGCGGUCAACGUGCAUUUCGCUGUCUCCGCCCUGUCACUGACAUUCAGGCCAACACACAGACUCACAGACUCACAGACACAGUAGCUAAAAUGAAGGACAACAUUUGGCCCCGAAUUGUCGUGAUUAUCUUGUGUGCCCUGGUUUUUGUGGCCGUUUUAAUUGUUAAUGCCUUGGCCGGAGCGGGCAAAGGACCUUUCCAUUUCUCUACUGGCAAUGUGUCGGCCCACUAUGAGACAGACAUCACUCCAGCUGGCUGGACCUUCUCUAUCUGGGGGGUUAUCUACACCUGGCUCACUCUGAUGGUCCUAUACAUCACAUCAUAUGUAUUCAGAGGAUCCUGGGCUCAGUGUCUGCUGCCCUACUCCUUCUAUUUUUGCUGGCUGUCCAACAUGGUGUUGAACAUGGCGUGGCUGCUGCUGUGGGACAGAGAGUUGAUGCUGGCAACGCUGGUUGUAUUAAUCCUGAUAGUGAUUACCAACUACAGUGCAUUGUUCUACUGUUGCUUUGCCACUGAUUACUAUGGACUCUGGUUACGUACAUACCAUCGCAAAGACCUGGCCUGUCUCCGAAUACUGGUCCAGAAUGGUUUGGCUCUCUACGCCACAUGGACAUCCAUUGCCUCGCUCAUCAACUUUGCAGUGGUUCUCCACCAGUGGGGUGUGGACAGGAGUACAGCAGCAACCGCCUCUCUGUGCAUCCUGUUUGCACAGGUGGUCGGAUGGUUCAUCCUUGAGAACUGGGUGCUGGACCGCUGGGUGCGUUACAUCCUGACCGUGUACCCUGUGGUGAUCGUGGCUCUGGUCGGAAUCCUCUUUAAACAGUUUAACUUCUAUGAUCCAACUCCAAAUUCUGUGUUUAUGGUUGUGCUGCUGUUUUUGGCAUGCAUCCUGCUGGUUUCCCGAAUCUUUACGGUCAUCUGGAGGAACAGGUGGAGGCCUCUCCUCUCCCCAGGUUCAGCACGGCUGAUGAUAUCACCCCUUGAUGGCAAGAAAUUCAAGAUCUUCACCUGAACAGUGCUCGCUGUCCCACUGCAGGCCUUCUUCUGUCAGCCCAGACACCCUAAGAUUUUGUAUUCACACAAGCCACUGCAUGGUUAAUUGGUGAAAGGGUCAGAUUUAAGAUGGAGCUUAACACUUGUUCAUCUAGUCAUAGAUCUUUAAUGAGGAGGCCAUAAAACCUCUUCUCCCAAAGUGAAAAUAAGACUUUGGCAUCUGAAACUCCAGGGCUGUUUACCACUUGCGUUAGUGUUGUGUACAUGAAAAAUGUUCUUAUAUGAGCACGU